GAAUAUAAAGUUUGACAAUGGGAGAUAUGACGGAGAGCACUAAAGGUUUAAGUGUCACUACGCAGAGAAACUGAGUGUAUAAAAGAGGUUGUAGGGCAUCCACCAACAACAGAACAACACCAUCUGCUUCACAAAGCAUCAAAAUGGCAGGAAACAUCUUGGGUGGUUUGAUAGUUGUACUCAAUGUCUGCAUCUGGGCAAGUCAAGCUCAAAAUCCACCAACAUGUACUGUGAAUGGAAGAAUAGCUGCAGUACCUGGAACCUGCUCGAACCUGUACUAUUUAUGUUACAAUCCCAACCCAAAUGGCAGUGGUACUUUCUCUCAGUGGUUGUACGCCUGCCCUGGCAGCACUGUUUUCAAUGAACUCUCACAAAGAUGCAGUACUGCGUGUGCACCCACUACAGCAGCCCCCGUAACUACAGCUCCUACUACUACAGCAGCCCCGGUAACAACAGUACCUGCCACAACAGCAGCCCCAGUAACAACAGUACCUGACACCACAGCAGCCCCGGUAACAACAGUGCCUCCCACUACAGCAGCCCCAGUAACAACAGUAUCUGCCACGCCAGCAGCCCCAGUAUCUACAGCGGAUAGUGCCGCUACAGUUACUGCAUAGUGCCAUUGAAAAGCAUUUUAACUACGGUGACUUUUGUGUUACAUUAUACCAAUAGAUACAUUGUUUACUUUAUAUUGGCAGAGGGAAUAAAUAGGCAGAAGGAAAGUUAU